GGUUUUCUACUCUUAUCAAUGCCCAGUGGGUGUUUUGUUCCUUGCUGAACCAAUUUCUCGGCUCUUUCCCUCUUCUAUUUCUCCCUCCAACUCCCUCCUCCUACUCUAUAUCUAUAUAUAUAUAUUUCAGCUACCUGCACCUAACCAAACCACCCUCAUCAACUUGCUCUAAUUUCAACUCCUUUUUGUUAUUUUCAACUCUUUUCUUUCUGGGGUUUUCUUCAAUUUCGAGAUAACAAGAAGAAGACCCAGAUCUCAGAAGCUUCAUAGUGAAAACUGUACUUACUGUAUCUAUUUCAGCAUUGCCUCAUCUGCAUUGCCAUUGGCAGUUGUAAUCGGAAAAUAUGAAGUUUGGGAAGGAAUUUGCGUCUCAAAUGGUGCCAGAAUGGCAAGAAGCAUACAUGGAUUACGAUUACUUGAAAACCCUUUUGAAAGAACUGCAACGUUUCAAGCAUAGGACGAAGCCACCGGCUGCACCUUCGCUGAAACGAAAGCUCACGCUCUACAGAGCUUUCAGUGGCUUAACACAGACGCACCACCACCAUAACCCAACCAGUCCAUCCUCCUCACCUGAUGAUAUUGAAAGCCAACCCAUCUUGGUGAACUCUGUGAGCCGAGAUGGGUCGCAAAGUUAUGAAACGACGUUCCUGAUGUCGUCGGAGGAAGGGGGAGAGUAUGAGCUGGUUUACUUUAGAAGGCUUGAUGAUGAGUUCAACAAGGUGGACAAGUUUUAUAGGGCUAAAGCGCAAGAGGUGAUGAAAGAAGCUGAUGUAUUGAACAAGCAAAUGGAUGCCUUGAUUGCUUUUAGGAUUAAAGUUGAGAACCCUCCAGGGAUUCAUUUCGACAGGUCUGUGGAGAUGACUCGUCUUGCUUCUGAUAUUGCAGCUUCUGCUGCUGCUCUCUCUGCUUCUACUCCAUCUGGGGCAAAAUCAGCAAGCAAAAGGGCUGCUCACCUGGAAGCCAUUGAAGAAAGCACCCAUGGCCAAGCUGAUGAUGACGAUAAUGGCGAUGAGAAAGAGAGAAAUACUCCGACUUUAGAAGCCAAACCAGCAAAACCCAAACCCAAGGUCAUUGUACCCGCACCACUUGAAAUACUUGACCGGGUGAAAAUGAACAAUACCCUCGAGACUCCUCGUUCCACCAUUAAAGGUGUUCUCAAGGUUCCAAACCAUACGGAUCUGAGUUUCAGUAGGGAAAAUCUUAGAAAGGUUGAAGAACAACUUAAGCGGGCUUUUGUUGAAUUUUACCAAAAGCUUCGCCUGCUUAAAAGUUUCAGCUUUCUGAAUACGUUGGCUUUCUCCAAAAUAAUGAAGAAGUAUGAUAAGAUCACUUCCAGAAGUGCGUCAAAAUCUUACAUGAAAAUGGUGGAUAACUCCUACCUCGGUAGCUCUGAAGAGGUAACAAAGCUAAUGGAGAGGGUUGAAACAACAUUCAUCAAGCACUUUUCAAAUGCAAACCGUUCUAAGGGAAUGAGCAUUUUAAGACCCAAAGUCAAACGAGAAAGGCAUAGGACAACUUUUUCAACAGGUUUUUUCGCUGGCUGUGCAGCCUCUCUUUUACUAGCACUUAUUCUGAUGAUUCGUGCCCGUAAUAUUAUGGAUAGUGAAGGAAGGACUCAAUACAUGGAAACCAUGUUUCCUCUUUACAGUUUGUUCGGCUUCAUUGUUCUACACAUGUUAAUGUAUGCCAUCAAUAUAUUCUACUGGCGGAAGUACAGAGUCAAUUAUGCCUUCAUAUUUGGUUUCAAGCCAGGAACUGAACUGGGUUAUAGACAAGUUCUGCUUGUGAGUUUUGGUCUUGGGGCAUUGGCAUUAGCCAGUGUGCUCGCCAACCUUGAUAUGGAGAUGGAUCCCAAAACAAAAGACUAUAAAGCAUUCACUGAACUUGUUCCUCUAAUGUUGGUUGUGUUUAUAUUUAUCGUCCUGUUCCUGCCAUUCAACGUCUUGUAUCGAUCAAGUCGAUUCUUCCUCCUCACAUGUUUGUUCCAUUGUAUAUGCGCUCCUCUAUACAAGGUCACACUCCCAGAUUUCUUCUUGGCCGAUCAGUUAACAAGCCAGGUGCAAGCCAUUAGGAGCUUAGAGUUUUACGUUUGCUACUAUGGUUGGGGAGACUUUAAGCGCAGAGAGAAUACUUGCAGAGAUAGUAAUGUGUAUAAUACUUUCUACUUUGUCGUGGCGGUGCUUCCAUACUUGGCUCGCCUCCUGCAGUGCCUGCGACGUCUCUUUGAAGAGAAAGAUGCGAUGCAAGGACUGAAUGGAUUGAAAUAUUUCCUGACAAUUGCAGCUGUAUGUCUGAGAACAGCUUACAGCCUUAACAAGGGAAUUGCGUGGAGAAUAAUAGCCUGGAUUGUCUCAGCCAUUGCAGCAAUAUUUUGUACAUACUGGGACUUGGUUUAUGACUGGGGGCUUCUAGAUAGGCACUCCAAGAACCGUUGGCUGAGAGACAAACUCCUUGUUCCUCACAAGAAAGUAUAUUUUGGAGCCAUGGGCUUGAAUAUUUUACUCAGAUUUGCCUGGCUCCAAACAGUGUUGAAUUUCCAGUUGCCAUUGCAUCCACAAACCCUGACGACGAUCGUGGCUAGUCUUGAGAUCAUUCGUCGUGGCAUAUGGAAUUUCUUCAGGUUGGAAAAUGAGCAUUUGAACAACGUUGGGAAGUACCGAGCAUUCAAGUCUGUACCAUUACCAUUCAAUUAUGAUGAGGACGAUGACAAAGACGAUUAAUUUAGUAAAGAAUAAGAACAUUCAGCUUAACUCAAUUGUAAAGAAUGAUUUGGAUAAUUUGGUGGUAGGAGUUUUGAGAUUUGAUGGUGUUUUCUGGUGGUGUACAAAAUCCAAGCUUAUUGUUAAAAAUGUGGUUUAUGUACAAAUAAAGUGGAAUUUAUAAGUUAAA